CGCGCCCAGAGCCCCGCGUCCCUCGCCGUGCGCCGGACGGGGAACCGGGAGGAGCUGCCACCGCGCUUGCCACCCGGGUCGCCCUUCCUCCGCGCGCGCGCCGCCGCCCGGGCCGGGGGUCCGAGCCGCGCGCCCCCGGCCCCGGCCCCCGGGCGCCUGGGCCGGAUGUCCCGAUGAGAGAGCCGGCGCUGGCGGCCAGCGCCAUGGCUUACCACCCGUUUCACGCGCCACGGCCGGCCGACUUCCCCAUGUCCGCCUUUCUGGCGGCGGCGCAGCCCUCCUUCUUCCCGGCGCUCGCACUGCCGCCCGGCGCGCUGGCCAAGCCUCUGCCCGACCCCGGCUUGGCGGGGGCGGCGGCGGCGGCGGCUGCGGCGGCGGCGGCGGCGGCCGAGGCGGGGCUGCACGUCUCGGCACUCGGCCCGCAUCCGCCCGCUGCGCAUCUGCGCUCGCUUAAGAGCCUGGAGCCCGAGGACGAGGUGGAGGACGACCCCAAGGUGACGCUGGAGGCCAAGGAGCUGUGGGACCAGUUCCACAAGCUGGGCACCGAGAUGGUCAUCACCAAGUCCGGGAGGAGGAUGUUUCCUCCCUUCAAGGUGCGAGUCAGCGGCCUGGACAAGAAGGCCAAAUAUAUCCUGCUGAUGGACAUCGUGGCCGCUGAUGACUGCCGGUAUAAAUUCCAUAACUCGCGCUGGAUGGUGGCGGGCAAGGCCGACCCAGAGAUGCCCAAACGGAUGUACAUCCACCCGGACAGCCCGGCCACGGGAGAGCAGUGGAUGGCCAAGCCGGUGGCCUUCCAUAAGCUGAAGCUGACCAACAACAUCUCCGACAAGCACGGCUUCACCAUCCUGAACUCCAUGCACAAGUACCAACCACGCUUCCACAUCGUGCGAGCCAACGACAUCCUGAAGCUGCCCUACAGCACCUUUCGUACCUACGUGUUCCCCGAGACCGACUUCAUCGCGGUCACUGCCUACCAGAACGACAAGAUCACGCAGCUUAAGAUCGACAACAACCCGUUUGCCAAGGGCUUCCGGGACACCGGGAAUGGCCGGCGGGAGAAAAGGAAGCAGCUAACGCUGCCGUCGUUGCGCUUGUACGAGGAGCACUGCAAGCCAGAGCGCGACGGUGCCGAGUCGGACGCCUCGUCCUGCGACCCUCCCCCCGCGCGGGAACCGCCACCCUCCCCGGGGACAGCGCCUAGUCCCCUGCGCCUGCACCGGACUAGAGCCGAGGAGAAGUCGUGCGCCGCGGACAGUGACCCAGAGCCCGAGAGGCUGAGCGAGGAGCGCGCGGGGCAGGCGCUAGGCCGCAGCCCGGCCCUGGACGGUGGCAGCCCCCCUCGCUUGACCGAACCCGAGCGCGCCCGGGAGCGGCGCAGCCCCGAGAGGGCCAAGGAGCCGGCCGAGAGCGGCGGGGACGGCCUGUUUGGCCUGCGGAGCCUAGAGAAGGAGCGCGCCGAAGCCCGGCGGAAGGACGAGGGGCGCAAGGAGGCCGGCGAGGGCAAGGAUCCCGGCCUGGCGCCACUGGUGGUGCAGACAGACAGUGCGUCCCCCCUGGGCGCCGGACACCUGCCGGGCCUGGCUUUCUCCGGCCACCUGCACGGGCAGCAGUUCUUCGGGCCUCUGGGGGCCGGCCAGCCGCUCUUUCUGCACCCGGGACAGUUCGCCAUGGGCCCCGGCGCCUUCUCCGCCAUGGGCAUGGGCCACCUACUGGCCUCGGUGGCAGGCGGCGGCAGCGGAGGAGGUGGCGGACCAGGGACAGCCACCGGGCUGGACGCAGGCGGGCUGGGUCCCGCAGCCAGCGCGGCAAGCACCGCCGGGCCCUUCCCGUUCCACCUCUCCCAGCACAUGCUGGCAUCUCAGGGAAUCCCAAUGCCCACUUUCGGAGGCCUCUUCCCCUACCCCUACACUUACAUGGCUGCUGCUGCCGCGGCGGCCUCCGCUUUGCCAGCCACUAGUGCUGCGGCGGCUGCCGCUGCUGCCGCAGGCUCCCUAUCCCGGAGUCCCUUUCUGGGCAGUGCCCGGCCCCGCCUGCGCUUCAGCCCCUACCAGAUCCCAGUCACCAUCCCACCUAGCACUAGCCUCCUCACUACUGGGCUGGCGGCCGAGGGCUCCAAGGCUGCAGGCGGCAACAGCCGGGAGCCCAGCCCGCCGCCCGAGCUGGCUCUCCGCAAAGCGGGGGCCCCGCCCCGCGGGGCCCUGUCGCCCAGCGGCUCAGCCAAAGAGGCAGCCAGUGAACUGCAGAGCAUCCAGAGGCUGGUGAGUGGGCUGGAGAGCCAGCGAGCCCUCUCGCCCGGCAGGGAGUCGCCCAAGUGAGGGACUGCUCAGCUGCUCCGCUGCCGCGCAGGCCUCCUGAGCUGCCUGCCCCUGCUGCUUGGGACAUGUACAGCACAGAAUGGGUAUUUAUUUAAAUAAAGGAGAAAAAGCGGGCUGCAGAGGCUGGAAUGAAGCCCCGAUCAGCCAGCCAGGGCCUGGGACACUUCCCUGGGCUUCAGAAGGAAUCCAGCUGCCAGGAACGCAGUCGCUUUGGAGCCACUGGAUUUGGUCCAAGCCUGCUCCCGUGUCAAGGUGUCAUCGGCGGGGCCCUCUCCGGGUCCUCCAGCACUGUGGGGAGUCCUCGUCCCUGGCCCAGCCAGAGGCUGGCUCUUCGGGAGCCAGAAGGUGCAGGCGUCAGGCGGGGGAGCCCCAGAACCCCUAGCCUCGGGCUGGGACCGCUUGAGAAUCUGGGGUGAGGGGUGCUGGGGUCAGUGAAGAUUCAAGUCAGUGUAGACUUGAGCUGAGAGGAACCUGUUCUUUUAGUCCUUCCACCUCUUCACCCAGACAGGCGCCCCUCCCACCCCUGGGUCAGCAGAGGGAGUGGCACUUCUGCCUUGAGUCCCCAGGGUGAAAAAAAAAAAGAUAUUUAUGAAAUAAAUGGUAAUUUGUGUAAAUAAGCUUUAAGGUUCCCAGAAUAUGCAAAUUGGUAUUAAUUUAUUCAAAGGUGUACAUUGCUGUGUACAUAAUAUUUAGAGAUUAACUCAUAGCAUUUAAUUUUUUUUUCAUUUUACAUGAGCAUCUAUAUUGUACAGGGCUUGGGGGUUCCUUGGCUGCGGGAGAGGGCCCCGAUCCCUGGAGGAGCUCCCACCCCGCCAGCCCCUCGGCCCCUGCGCCCGGGCUUUGCUCUUCGGCCCGCGGGCUCCACCUCAGGUUUUCACUUUUCGCUCUGGAGCGAGACGAAACGACAAAAACUCGAGAAAACAAUAAAACGCUACAAUGCAAAGUGAA